AAUGUCCACUGGGGGUGCACUGUCCAGUGGAGGCACACUGUCCACUGGGGGUGCAUUGUCCACUGGGGGCGCUCUGUCCUCUGGGGGCUCGUACUCUGCUUCAGCCAUAGAGAGCAAGAGCACUCUGACCGCCACUGUGUCGGACGUGUUCGAUGAGAGUUCAAGCACCAAUUCCUCCCCUGAGUACAACAGGAAAGACUACAACAUGACCAGUACAACCACGACUAUGGCCACUAGAGGGCGGUCACAGAGCCGAGAGAGUGAAAUCAGGACAAGGCUUCAGAGUUCUUCUCCACCUGGAACAUGGACUGAGUUGGACGAUGUGAAGCGUUUGCUAAGAGGAAACCGCUCAACCAGCAUUAGCCCCCCUCGCUCCCCCAACAACACGCUCCCCAUCCCCAAGAAGGCCAGUGUGGAGACCAGGACCCUGUCUGAGAGCUCCGGCGGAGAUCAGUAUGGCAGCAUAUGGACUGGCACAGCGGGUGGAAGCUAUGGCUACAAUGCUAACCUCACCAACAACAACCUGUCGGCUACUUCCACCAUGUACCAGUCAGGGGUUCAGAACAACAUGGCGAUUGGAGCACCCUCUGCUGGAGGUGGACUGUCACUGAGCAGCACGGUACCCAUCUAUGGAGUUCAAAAUAAUCUGGCUGGUACGGGUCCGCUGCUGUCUCCCACUGCCACUGGACCAAUAGUUUAUGGUGUUCAGAAGAAUGUAUCAAGUAGUGGCCUGAGUCCAACUACAGUGAGACCCGGCAGUCCCAUUAAAGAUGAAUCAACCACCAGAGAUUUUAAGUUUGUGUUUGUGGAGAAAGAAAACGCUCCAGUGAAGAAAGAGACAGAGGGGCUGAUCAUGGCCAAAGACACAGGAAAGAGUUUUAUGUCCUCUGGUCCUUCAAGUCUCACUGAAGGCUAUUCUGAGGAUUCACUGAAGAGGGAGAAACAGAAGUUGUCCACAAGCACAAUGGAGGAAGGAACGGACACAAAAUCUGGAAGCCUCAAGACGUCAACAAAAGAUAAAGCUACUUAUGCAGAGAUCCGUAAAGAAGACGCUGCCCUUGCAUUCUGCUCAUGUUGUAGUUGGUGGAAGUGGUUGCUGGGUCUGCUGCUGUGUCUGCUGUUCCUUCUUGGACUUCUGUUUGGACUCAUUGCAUUAGGUGAAGAGGUCAAACGCCUUAAAGAGCGUGUUGACACUCUAGAGGCCAUCACUGGUAGUGCAUCCUCUGCCCGCACCAGCCGCCUUUCCUCCUCUGGAAUAAACAUCAUCGACCCUCUGGACACAGCCUACAUUGACAGGAGCUCUGCAGGAAACACUCUGACCCGAUCUGACCCCAACAGCAUUAACGUAAACCUGGGGUCAGCCGGGGCAGGUGCAGGGACAGGAGCCAUGGCAGGUGCAGGUGCAGGACAUGACAGCUUCGCCCUCCAACGGACCGUACAGCAGCUGAUCAGGGCUGAACUCCGAUCAGACAUAGUGAGAGAAUCACUAAGAGGGGCAAAGGGAGAUCCUGGUCCCAGAGGUGAGACAGGAGCUAUGGGACAUAAAGGUGAAAAUGGCUUCCCAGGUCUACCGGGACCUCCAGGGCAGAUGGGCCACUCUGGACUGGAGGGACCACGAGGAGCAAAGGGCAGUGAAGGUGAACCUGGGCCAGAGGGGCCUCCAGGACAGAGGGGCCGAGAGGGUCCGAUGGGCCCCAGAGGAGAGACUGGUCCUCCUGGGUUUGGAGAGAAAGGAGAAAAAGGAUCCGCAGGAGAGCCUGGUCGUCCUGGUGCUGUCGGAAGUCCUGGGCCUGUGGGACCCAAAGGAUCAAUGGGAGAGCAAGGAGCUCCAGGAAGCCCAGGUGCCCCAGGUGUGAAGGGUUUUGCCGGUGAAGCAGGUGCUCCAGGAGCCAAAGGUGAUCGGGGAACUCCUGGGGCUCCAGGAACCAAAGGAGACCAAGGAGAAAGGGGUCCACGUGGACCAGCAGGUGAACCAGGGCAGCCAGGAACCCCUGGUCCAGCUGGGCCAAAGGGAACCAAAGGAGUUGGAGGUGAGCCAGGCUCCAUGGGACUGCCUGGUGCAAGGGGACCACCUGGACUUCCUGGAGAUAUUGGACCUCCAGGAAUUACAGGCAUUCAAGGUCCACCAGGUGUUGCUGGUAUUCCUGGUCAACCUGGAGCUAAAGGAGAACCUGGUUCACCUGGGAAAGUUAUCACUACCGCAGCCGGCUCUGAGACUGUGGCGAUCCCUGGCCCCCCCGGCCCUGCUGGGCCUGCUGGUCCCGCUGGGGCCCCAGGUCUGUCAGGUCCCACCGGUCCAGCUGGAGCCCCUGGCGCUCCUGGUGCCAAAGGAGAGCCUGGAGAGAAAGGGGAACCGGGCGAGAAGGGAGAGAAGGGAGAGAAGGGAGAAAAAGGUGAAAAAGGAGAACAAGGAGAAAAAGGAGAGAAGGGAGAGAAAGGAGAGAGUGGAGAGCCCAGUGCCAGCACCAGCACCAGCUCAGAGUCUGACAGUGCCACAGAAAACAGCAACCUUGGCUCUGCUGCUGGGCCUCCAGGGCCACCUGGUCCUCCUGGACCACCAGGACCACCCGGAGAAGUUGGACCACAGGGUCCACCUGGUGAAGGUAAACCUGGUCCUCCAGGACGCAAAGGUCCUCCAGGCCCUCCUGGUAUCGGCACACCUGGACCUAAAGGUGACCAAGGAGAACCUGGCAGCUUUGUGCCUACGUCAGAGACUUUCUUUGCAGGACCACCAGGACCCCCAGGGCCACCAGGGCCCCCAGGCUCAGAGGGCCCAGUAGGUGAACCAGGGUCCCAAGGAGAACCAGGUCAACCAGGACUUCCUGGAAGUCCUGGAGAACAAGGAGAACCAGGACACGGUUUCCCAGGUCAGCCUGGAUCACCCGGGCCCCAAGGACCAGAGGGCCCUCCUGGACCACCAGCUCCUGAACCCCCACCGGGAGCUCCAGGUGCCCCCGGCCCCCCCGGGCCCCCUGGUCCUCCAGGACAAGAUGGCAGUGACUCUGCAGAUGUGAGCCAGGCUGUUGCAGAGUUACUACAGAGUGAUGGUAUAAGGCAGUACCUGUCUGGUCCCCCAGGACCCCCAGGUCCUCCUGGAGCACCAUCUGUCAGCUAUGGACAAGGUGCAGGUAUUCCAGGCCCACCAGGUCCACCUGGAGCUCCAGGAGCCCCAGGUGUCCCAGGUGUCCCGGGCUCUCCAGGAGAUGGGCAGAUGGAAGACAUAACCAACAGAAUCCUCAGCUACAUUCAAAGUCAAAGAUAUGACAGUGGUUCUGGGGCCCCUGGCCCCCCUGGACCCCCCGGACCUCCAGGAGCAGUCUCUCUUAAUGACGUCAUUGCUAUCAUGCAAAGAGAUGAUGUGAGGAGAUACAUUGCAGGUCCUCCUGGCCCACCAGGCGCUCCCGGGGCUCCUGGAGGUGGAGAUUACUCUUUUAACACAGCCGAGCUUGCAGAGAGAGUUCUUGCUCUUAUAAACGAACACGGGCUGGCAGGUGUCCCGGGACCUCCAGGACCCCCCGGAGUUCCUGGGCUUCCUGGAAGCUUUAAUGCUCUUGUAGGCCCACAAGGACCUCCUGGAAUCCCAGGAUCUCCAGGACCAGUGGGACCCCCUGGACCCAUAGGACCACCUGGAGCUCCAGGACAGGCCAACUACAUCAACAGUGACAUCCGUGACUACCUGCAGAGUGUUGCCUUCAGGGGUCCUAGAGGCCCCCCCGGCCCCCCUGGACCCCCAGGACCAGUGGGACCUCCCGGGCCUUAUAGUGGACUGAUUUCAUACGCGGAGCAUGCAAACAGAGAUGGCCCCAGAGCUGAACUGCAGGACUUCAAAAAGACAGUUGACAGUUCGGGAGUACCUAUGUUCGGGCUCCCUGGUCUGCCUGGACCACCAGGACCGCCGGGAAACAAAGGAGAGCCAGGCGAUAGCGGUGACUAUGCCAGUAUGGCCCUCAGAGUGACAGAUUACAUUAAAACCCAUCGACUUCUGCAGGAUGCCGGUUCACAACCUGUGGUCCAAGGACCCCCAGGACCCCCUGGUCCUCCAGGUCCCUCUGGAUACACCAGAUGGUUAACGUCACAUUCAAAUGCCACAGAACUUGUGGAUUAUAUGAAAUCUCAUGGAGUUUUCAGGGAUGUGUUAAAUGAGCACAACAGUCGCUUCCAUAAAGGCCCCCCGGGGCCCCCAGGCCCCCCCGGACCCCCGGGCCACAGCCACGUGUUCGGUUCUGACUCAAACGUUACAGAUUUAGUGGAGUACAUCAAAGUGUAUGGGGCCAUUGUGGGGAGACCAGGACCCAAAGGAGAUAUGGGGAUCCCGGGACCAAAGGGAGAAAGAGGUGAUCCAGGACCUCCUGGGCCUGAGGGACCCAGAGGUCAAAAAGGAGAGUAUUCACUCGCAAUCAAACGAAAGAGGCGGAGUCUCAGAGGAGUUUAAAAUGUUUAAAUACAUGUACAGUUGUUUUGUAAGAUUUAAGGAUUUAUUUUGUUUUGUGUACUUUUAAAGCAUUGUAAAUGUUUUUUGUAUUUUUACAUAGGGGGGUUCAUUGUGACUUCAGGGAUGUUUUAACUUAAAAAAGGGUAUAUUUUUGUAGCACUUAAUUUGAAUGUUUAUUUGUAUGUUCAUUGUAGAAAAAGGUUCUAUUGAAACAAGUGGAAUAGAAGAAAAUGUUUAUUUACAUCCAAA